GACCAUGGGACUGAUGUCAGAGACCUCUGUUAAUUAAAUAAACAUUAUCAUACGAGAGACCAUGGGACUGAUGUCAGAGACCUCUGUGAAUUAAAUAAACAUUAUCAUAGGAGAGACCAUGGGACUGAUGUCAGAGACCUCUGUUAAUUAAAUAAACAUUAUCAUAGGAGAGACCAUGGGACUGAUGUCAGAGACCUCUGUGAAUUAAAUAAACAUUAUCAUAGGAGAGACCAUGGGACUGAUGUCAGAGACCUCUGUUAAUUAAAUAAACAUUAUCAUAGGAGAGACCAUGGGACUGAUGUCAGAGACCUCUGUGAAUUAAAUAAACAUUAUCAUAGGAGACCAUGGGACUGAUGUCAGAGACCUCUGUUAAUUAAAUAAACAUUAUCAUAGGAGAGACCAUGGGACUGAUUUCAGAGACCUCUGUGAAUUAAAUAAACAUUAUCAUAGGAGAGACCAUGGGACUGAUGUCAGAGACCUCUGUUAAUUAAAUAAACAAUUGCAAAUGGUGACGUACUUUUGUUGCAAAAUGUUACCUUCUAUGAACACACCCCGUCUGUCUUUAGAGUCUCAGCCAAUGACUACAUCUGCCUGCUUUUUGGCCUAUUUAGGAUCCAUAAUAAAUACAAAUAGGAGGGUUUAUAGCAGGGCUAGGCAAAAGUGAAAUUCCCAAAUAUAACGUCUUGCUAGAACAAGCUUGGCCAUUGAGCAGUUUGAGCAUCAAUUAAUGACCCAUGGCAAAUCCUACACUGUCUUAAACUGACUUCAAAUGUCAUCUGAGCCAAGGGGCCUUCUGGAGCUGUAAAUAAAUACUUUAUAGACAGGUAACUGCAAAAUAAUGGAAACACUUAAGUAAAUGAGGGAUACAAAGUUGAUUCAAAGCCUGUGCUUCCAUUCAGGUGUGGUUCCUGAGUUAAUUAGGCAAUUAAUAUCCCAUCAUGCCCAUGCAUAAAAAUGCUGGGCAGGCCAUUACUCUGGCUAUUAUUUUGGUGACCCAUAGGAUGACAAUGCCCUCAUCCACAGGGCACGAGUGGUCACUGAAUGGUUUGAUGAGCAUGGAAACGAUGUAAGCCAUAUGCGCCCUCCCCAAAAGAAAUAAUCACAAUAAUCCUAAACCAUUUUGCACAUACAGUAGCUACUUUAUUGAGGACAAGUGUGCUUACUACGACUGUGAUAUGUGGUUGUCCCACCGUGAUAUCUUCAGGAAUGCACUGACUCUAAGUCAGACUGGAUAAGAGCGUCUGCUAAAUUACUCAAAUGUAAUGGCCGUCUCAGUCACCAUAUCACGAUAGUGUCACCUCCCUCCAAUAGAGUUCCAAAGACUUGUAGAAUCCAUGCCAAGACGCAUUGAAGCUGUUCUGACUCGUGGUGCCCCACGCCCCAUUAAGACCAUGUGUGUUGGUGUUUCCUUUAUUUUGGCAGUUACCUGGAUCUCCAUAACUUCAAAUCUCAUUUCCUUCUGCUGACUUAAUGGACCAUUUCAUGCCCAACAUUGUAUUGUAGGAUGAAUAUCACAAUUGAUAUCAGGGAUAAUGUUACGUGUGUUAUGUGAUUUAAUGUAAGAACAGCAUGCAUACAUUUCUACAUCAACCCCAAUGCAACUGAGGAAUAGUCCAAAUUAUCCACCGUGAGACAGCCUGACACCUGCUCCAGAGGAGUAACACUGACUAAUAUUCAUAAACACCUCCAUCCUCACGUAGGGUGUAUGACCUAUUAGGCUACAGGAUAUAACGCCCAACUAACUGCUUUCAAUGAAUUAUGUAAAACAACAAAAUCAUAUUGUACUGUGACCAGGGAGUCAUGUGUUUGGAUGGGUAGUCGAGGUGAGGGAGAUAAAUGCUAUUCCAUAAAGCCUGUAAGUCACGCAGUGAGUUGGUUGAUUUAAUGAAAGUGAAGUCACGUAGCAGGUUAAUUAAUUCAUAAAAUAAACAGUCAAUUCUGUGCCCUAGUCUCUCCACCUGGUCCCCCUCCACAGGCAGAUGAGCAGGGCAUUCUAAACACCUGGGCAAACCCGAUUUACCGAUUCAGUUAAACUAGUCAAUCAACCCGCCGGGACCAUAAAGCACAUCUUUGCCCCCGACACGUAGACCCACGACCCACGGUCCGUUUUAUAGUUCCCUAUAACUCACCUGAGUGACUGGAUGUUGAUGUAUCACACACAGAGAGAGUGUUUGUGACAUCAGAUGGACCUAUGGUAGUGUCACCCUAUUGUGGUGACAUGGGGUGGAGUGGGGGCAGUACAUGGGGUAUAUAACCCUUUGGGGGAGAGAGCAGAGAGAAGAUAACCCUCUCCAGACCUCAGGAGCACCCAUCACCCACCCAGAAGACUCAGACACAACAGGCCCAUGGAGAUGAUGUUUAACCUGCUCCUAUCGUGGACCUUCCUGCUGGUAGCCACUGGACCGCUAUUGGCACAUCCCAUCACAGACUCUGCAGAGAUGCCCUACCCAGGUCCUGUAUCCGUGGAGGAUGGAGGAGCAGGUAGUCCAGACGAGCUGUCUUUCUCUGAGCUGACGUAUCUUCCCCAAGUUGGCCCUGGACUCAGAUACUCACCCCUACUGUCUGGAGAUCUCAGCAGAGAUGGUCUCAGUGCAGCUGGACUACUCAAAAGGCAGAUGAAGAGAGAUGAGUGGCUGGAGAAACAGAGUCACCUCAACCCCUUCAGCCGCUUCUUUGGCAUCAGGAAGCAGUCCAGGAAAAGAGGAGUUGCCUCAGAGUGCUUCUGGAAGUACUGUGUCUAAACCAGUCAAGUGUCCAUAGAGAAAUACAUUCACACCAUAUGCAUUAUGAUGAAGAGAUGUGGCUUGUACUGAGACACAACCCCUCUCUUGCACACAACAAAGCAUACACAUGCGCACAUAUGUACAUGCAUGCAUACUGUACAUUCACACACAGGAAAACACACACACAUAAGGACACUACACACAGACAGGGAUGGACUGAAUGGAUAUCCCACAGGUUGAUAUAUGUUACAGUAUGCAGACUAUUUUGUUUUUAUCCCUGUCCCACCUGUGUGUUUAAAAUGUUCACUGUUUAAUGUUACUGAGCAAACAUGACCUGCAUGAACAACUAAAUGGCUGUGCUGUAUAUUAAAUACAAAUCAAAUGUUCUACUUGGAAAAGCUCUCCGUUGGACGUCUGGUCCCAGGGGAAUAAUUCAUUGAACUACCAAAUGCAUUUAUGCAGUCUGUGAUAAAAUAAACAUUGACAUCUCUUCACGCAAAAAGAUCACAUGAAGAACAUAAUAUAAUGUCUACAGUCUUUAUUUGAGUCAUAAGGGGAUGGGAUUCAUUGUAGAAGACAUGCAAAGGAGUCGUACUGUUCACUGUAGGUCUGAGAAGCAGACAUUUGGCAGAUCAAAUUUGUCAGAAAAUGAUACUGUGGUAUAAUCUCAUUGUUUUGUAAGACAGUCCAUCAACCGCGGACACCAUUCAUCCGCUCCAUUGGAAAAGCAGGCAGAUACUU